UUUAAGCGUCACUUCACUUGGUUAGAUAAAUUAAAGCUGACAUUGUGUCUGUAUGACGCAUAAAUUGUGUUUUUUGUAUAUAGAACAUUUUAUCAAAUCUUAAGAUAAACAAAUAUACAAAAUGGCAGAGAAAUACGACAAAAAUGGUUAUAACAGUAGUGAUUUUAAAAGAAAUGCGAGUCAAGAUAUAGCAGAACAUGAUCACGAACAAGAUGGCGAAGAGGGGUCAAAACUUAAUGAAAAAGCCGGCGAAUAUAUGAGAGAACUGUUGAGUGAAAAAAUUAAAUUGAAUAACUCAAAGUUUCCUAUUUCAUCCCGUCUUAUUGACGCAGAAGUUGCAAAAGUCCAGGCAUCAGGACGUGUUCCGGCAAAGGACUUUAAAUAUCUAGACGUCUACAAGGAAAAAGCCGUCAAAGUAACGGUCAAAGUGUUAGUACCUGUCAAAGAACACCCUAAGGUGAACUUUGUUGGCAAACUUUUGGGACCGAAAGGUAAUACAAUGAAACAAUUGCAAGAAGAAACCAUGUGCAAAAUGGCUGUACUCGGCAGAGGAUCCAUGAGAGACAGACAAAAAGAAGAGGAACUCCGUAACUCUCUUGAUCCGAAAUAUGCGCAUUUAUCUGAUGAGCUGCAUGUAGAGGUAUCUGCAAUGGCACCACCAGCAGAAGCUCAUGCCAGAAUCGCUUAUGCCCUGGCAGAGGUCAAGAAAUACCUUAUUCCUGAUGCCAACGAUAUGAUCCGACAGACGCAAAUGCGAGAGAUUAUGGAGAGAGGUGCACCACCACCACCACUCCCAGCGCCCCGCUCUGCGGCGCCACGCAUGCCCCCCGCGCCGAUGAGGCCCAUGCCGGCUAAGACAAAGGUCUUCAGCAUACUGGACCGAGCGCGGUCCGCCAUGGAGACGUCGUAUUCGUAUGAAGAUCCUUAUGCUGUAGCAGAACCGAUGUACACGCGCUCCGCGCCGGUGCCGCGCGGACCCCCCCGCGCCGCGCCCGAGCCCGAGUACUACUACGAGCGCGGCCAGGAGCGCUACUACGAGGACGACUCGUACUACAAGGAGGAGCCCCGGGAGUACAAGGCGUCGGCGCGCGACGUGGGCACGCGGCGGCCGGGCCCGUCGCACGCGCCGCGCCACUACGCGCGCGCCUCGCCCUACGCGCGCGCGCCCAAGUAGUGCCGCGCUGUUCGUACUUUACUAGACAACGCAGAAGAAACAUUCACAUAAGAUGGGUGAGUAAAUAACAACUAAACCGGAAUGGCAAAAAUAAGCCAAUAAAACUGGAUUCAAAAUUCAAAAAAGGAUAAUAUGACAACAUCGUUAUAUCGAAAAACUUAAUGUAUGACAAAAAUACAAAAAUAAAAAAAAUUGUAUCAAAAAGAAUAUGUAAAAUAUACUGAUUAUAAAUUAAUAAUUAUAAAAAAAAUCAAAAUGUGAACUUUCUGUGUCAUAAUGCAUGAGCAUUGCUUAAAAAUAAUUUGAUAGAAAUUAGUUUGGUUAAAAGAACAAAUUCACGUUUUAAGCAGUAGUUUUUACUUGACAACUUAUAAUAAUGUUAAAUUUUUAAAAAUAAAUGUUUCAACAUUUUUAAUCUAGAUAUAUUAAAUACUAGAAUUAGUUUAAUCGUAGGCUUACUAAUCCUUAAAUUAUGUAAUUAAAGUCUUAACAAAACUACUCUUCAAACUCGGCAACAAGAAGAUAAAAUAAUAUGUAUUGGAGAAAUUGUGUGACUUAGAAAUAAAAUUACUUAAAAAAAAGCAAAGCGUAAUUUUAAUUUAUUAAACUGCGGGAAAAUUUAGGCAACCCUUA